AAGUGUGGAGCAUUCACAGGAGUCAUCUGUAGUCGUCUAACAAGCAAGAUGUUGGUGGUGUUACAACUGUUAUUACUGCUCUGUGUUGGCAGCUCAGUUUCAAAAGAUUUUGUCACACCAAAUGUGAACAUUAUUGCUGAGCUGGAGAAGCUGAAGAAGAUGGAGGAAACGAUUCAAACAUUACAAGACACAUUAGACAGCGUAUUUAUUAAUAAUGAAGCUUUGAAAAGUUCAGUACGAGACUUACAAUAUGAGCUUGAAUCUUUCCAGAAAGAGAAUGAAGCUUUGAAAGGUUUAGUACAAGAUUCACAAAAUAAGCUUGACUCUUUCCAGAAAGAGAAUGAAGCUUUGAAAAGUUUAGUACAAGAUUCACAAAAUAAGCUUGAAUCUUUCCAGAAAGAGAAUGAAGCCCGAAAGAUUGCCUUUUCAGCCGGACUUCUGGCAUCUGGAUCAGGACACACCGGGCCUUUAAAUUAUAAGAAAACUCUGGUCUACAAGAAAGUGUUUACUAACAUUGGAAAUGCCUAUGACUCAAAUACUGGUAUUUUCACAGCACCAGUAAAAGGAGUCUAUUACUUCAGAUUUUAUGCUCAUUCACAUAGUGGAACCAAAAUGGCAGUCACACUGUAUAAAAAUGAUGCACCUCAAUGCUCUGUGUUUUCUGUGAAACCUGUCACUAAUGGUAAUGCCAGCAAUGGAGUCGUUCUUACACUGGAACCUGGUGAUCAAGUUUAUACCAAACUACUGGAUAAAACUUGGGUUUUUGACGAUCACAUGAGCUACACCAGCUUCAGUGGUUUUCUCAUUUUUCCUCUUGUAAAUAUGGAGCUUGUAUGAAUUAUUCCUGUGAAAGUUAACUGUAUCAUGAUUUUAGGUGGUCUCCUCUGAAGUUCAACAUUUUAUCAGUUGUCUUAAAAUUGCAUCACUGAGACUUAGAAACUCAGAAUGUGUAAU